AUGUAUGAACAUGUUGACAAGAAAAAAAAAAAAAAUGCCAAAGGGAAAAAUGCCAAAAUGGCUAGCCAGGCCAAACACGCAAACGAAUGGAAUAGUUAUCAGAACGACUUGGACAAAUAUAAACUCACCAAGGAAGAAAUGGAGCAGAAGAGAAACAGCUUGAAGUCCAAAAACUUAGACAAAGUCAAAGUUGAGUAUCAGCAAAGGUUGCAACGGAUGAGGACCGGGAAGAACAACGGUCCCCCGGCGCGCAAGUCCGCCCCCGCCGCUCCCGACACUACCACCACUACACCCCCCAGCGGGGUGCACAUAAAGUCAAACGAAGAACCGACGCGUAACGAGUGUGACCCACAUGGGGAAGAAACAAAUCGAUGCGCCUCUCACCAACGGAGUAGCAAAAAGGAUCACUCAAAAUUAAAACAAACAAGUACUGAUAAAAUGGAUAAAAGGAUGAAGGAAAGAGGAGGACAUACCUUUUUUUCCGAUGUGAAUAAGAACCAUCUAGGUAGCCCCUAUAGCGACACGGGCCCUUCCUACAUGCACAGCAGUGAAGGAAAGUACCCCUCGCUAGACCUAAUCCACAGUAAUGGUUUUUCCUCAGGUGGGCAAUACACUAAAUGGGGCAAGCACAAUAGGAGAGUAACCCAACAUAAGGAUAGACACCCCUCUAACCCUAGAUACCACCAUGGAACAACUAAACAAAGGAACAGACAUACAUAUUUGGACAAAUGGAGUGCCUCAAAUGAACCACAUAGAUCGAGUCAAUUUAGAGAGGACACAAUUUUUCGUGGAGAUUGCCUUAGUAGUAGUGGAGAGUAUAGCAGUCUGCUAAGUAUACUCUCCAGCGAGUGCGAGUUUGGUGCCGUCUCCUCUCAUUCGAUGAGGCGUAAAGGGAAAAGGGGCACACAAAAAGGUUCAGACAAGUGGAGAGGCAAAUGGGAUGCUAACCACCCAGGAAAGCCCCCCUCGUGGACAAAAAAGAAAAGAAGCUGCGAUCAUUUUUAUUCACGUAACAAUGGCAGUGACAGUGAUCGCAUGACAAUCUCGACCGGAAGGUCAGCAUCCACAGGAGAGAGCACCAUAGAUUACUUUGCACAAGAGUUGAAGAAGAGGAACGAAGUAUUUUCUCCCAUUAUGGAUACGAUUAACAUCAGGACGGAUCUCCUGGAGGACCUUCCCCCUGUGCGCAGGAAGGAAUUCAAAGAAAAAAAAUUUUACCCAGAUUUAGGAAUUAAGUUAUUCGCUCAGGGGGGUUGCAGCCCAGCCCACUCUAACAGCUCCCACUCUAACAGAUCUCACUCUAACAGCUGCCACUCGAACAGCUGCCCCUCCAGUGGUGCCUCUUCCGCGAGUACUACCCACCUCGAUCACUUGUGGGACUCCGACUACACAGAUCAAAUACAAAAACUAGGGUCCACCCCUCAGAUGGACCAAGACAUACUAAGGCUGAAAAAAGCCCAAUUGGAGACACUCAACUCUAUUAAAAAAAUGGUGCAGUCGGUUAGGGCGUUCAGUUUUAGUUGUGAAGGGGAUGUGGAGGAAGCGACGUCAACACGGGGGGAAGCACCACCUCGCGGAGCGCAUCGGAUGAUGGAACGGGCUGGAGAAAAUCCUUUAAUCGAACGAACCGGAGACAACCCAUUAAUCGAACGGGCUGGAGACAACCCAUUAAUCGGACGAACCGGAGACAACCCAUUGAUGGAGCUUCUCUUUCGCGAAAAUGAGCAAGUGUACGCAGAUGCGCAGCCGUCUCCAAGACAAGGGGAGGCCUACACAAAUGACGAAGCGGAGGAACACUACCAAGCGGAGCAACACCACCAAGCGGAGCAACACUACGAACAGCGAAAACCAAUUCACAGUGAAUAUAAUAACUGCGUGUACUUAGAUCAGCUCCACCAAGGGGAUGAUACGUCCAUUUCAUCCCCUCUCGGAGGUCAUAAAAUGGAAGGGACGCUCCAUCAGGACCAUCUGCGUGCAGAUCUCCAAGCGGGGGGGUAUCCAUAUAAUGAUAUCCAACUAAGGACCAACAUAAGUGACCACCCAAAUCACAGAAACAACGUUUUAAAUUCCCAUUUUGUUGAUAAUUUUUCUACAGUUAGUUCGAAUUUGCGUGGAAGCAUGUCCAGGUGGGACCUGACUGGGAGUGACUUGCAAAAUGGGGGAGAGGCGAACGGGGGAGAGGCGAAUGGGGGAGGGGCGGCAUUUGUUCCCCGGGGAAGCAGUCCGCGCGGUUGGGAGGGCCAUCAAGCGGGGAGAAGCCAGAGGGGAGCUUCCGUGGGGAGGGCCACCACAGACACAGUCACAGAAAGAGACACAGACACAGCCACCGCUAAUAUGGCCACCGCUAGCAUAACCUGCGCUGGUCUACGCGGCGGGACGAAGCUCAGGCGGCCAGACCCAGCGACCCGUGCUGCCAAGAAGGGGCCCCUGACGAGCCAACGCAGAGACGCAAAGCCAAAGCAAUCCCAAAGGGUCCCCAACAAAAAGGAAAGUAAUCCCAGCGUCGAAUCAAUUUCAAGUACAUCCAAGGGGAGUCCCCAAGGUACCUUCAAGAAGAAAGUUCACUCCGGGGAGGACACUAGAAAUGCGGGUCAGCUGGUCGGUAUUAGUAUACACAAGGAAAAAAACACGUUUAACGAAACGGGGACACUGUUGAGGGGUAAAGUGCAGGGAGAGGCAAAAGGGGGGAAGUUGGCACCGCGCAGGAAGGUCAGCGGGUUGGGCGGUGUGGCCGGUGUGCGCGGUGUGCGCGGUGUGGGCGGCACGGCGAACGGUGCAGCGAAGGAUGUAACGCACAGCACAACUGCCGACGCGCGCGACCAGCGACUAAUCAGCCAAAGAAUUCUAAACACUUCUAUCAACUUUGACGACACGCAUAACCUCAGCGACGAAGACCAGUUCAUCUUUGACACCUACCUGAAUGAGGCCGUCUCCAAGCGGGAGGAUAACUUGGCGGGGAACUUGGAGGGGAACUUGGAGGGGAACCUGGAGGGCAACUUGGAGGGCAACUUGGGGGGCAACCUAGAGGACAUCAUCCGGAACCAAGUCGCACUGUUCGAG